AUGGCUCGUUUUAUAAUAUUUAUGAUUUUGGUUACUAUGCUAGUUUGUGUUGCACCAUGUUUUGAAGCAAGAACACAAUUGAACAACAUGGAUAAGGAGGUCACUAACCUUGCUUCUUCGGCCCCAUACAAAGAAGGUCAUAUUUAUGGCAACUUGAAUACUGGACCUAGUCCUAGAGAAGGACAUUCUGGCCCACCUCCUAGAAUUGGUAAUGUUUAUGGAAACUUGAAUACUGGACCUAGUCCUGGAGAAGGACAUUCUGGCCCACCUCCUAGAAUUGGUUAUAUUUAUGCCAACUUGAAUACUGGACCUAGUCCUGGAGAAGGACAUUCCGGCCCACCUCCUAGAAUUGUUCAUGUUUAUGGAAACUUGAAUACUGGACCUAGUCCUGGAGAAGGACAUUCGGGCCCACCUCCUAGAAUUGGUAAUGUUUAUGGAAACUUGAAUACUGGACCUAGUCCCGGAGAAGGACAUUCUGGCCCACCUCCUAGAAUGGGUCAUGUUUAUGGCAACUUGAAUACUGGGCCUAGUCCUGGAGAAGGACAUGCUGGUCCACCUCCUAAAAUUGGCCAUGUUUAUGGCAAUUAA